CAACCAAACAAACAGACAGUGGAAGCCCAGACAUGGCAGGGAGAAACUGGCUCUCCUGCUCCUGCUGUUGUUAAAGCCAUAACAGAUUUCUGCUAAUCCGACCCAGAACGCAGAGCAAGGACCCUACCUCACUCCCUUGAUUUGCUGUUUAUUUUUACUGCACUAGCAGCCAAAUAUUGGAUUUUGUCAUAGCUGUAAUCUCUCUGGGAACUUGUGCAACUGAAUGCAGAAGUCAUGUCUCACACGUUUUAUAACAAGAUGUGGGGGGAAGCCCAGCAAGCUCUGUGUCACCUCCUUCAGCAGGAGAUGCCAGAUGUUCCCCCGAAGCCUGAGAAGGAUCGCUUGGCAGCUGCUCAGUUUCUUAGCACCUUGUAUGUCAGAUAUUUGCAGAUUUUCCGCAGCCUGGAAUUGGCGUAUGAUCAGAUGACACACCCCCAGAAGCGGAGGGUGGUCAGGGUUGUGCUGGAUGGGGUGAUGGGACGAAUCUUGGAGCUCAAGAACGAGCUGGUUGAGUUGGAGAUCUCUGAGUUUCACUAUUUUGAUGACAUUCUGCAGGAUUUGAAAAUGGGACCAGAAUGCCUUGAAAUUCCCAUUCCAAAAUACUUCAUCAAAGAAAAACUGAAAGUAUUAAAGGAACGGGAGCGAAUUCUUUCAGACAUCUUGCAGCGAACUGGAACUCCAGAUUCCGAAAUGGCAAAAGCUGUGAAGCAGAUGUCCCUAGAUGAAGCCAUUCGUGUGAUUCAGGUGUCAGAAAGGGCACGCCAAGGGCGCCUGAGAGCAAAGUUCAUGAAAGAGAUACAUCUAGAAGAGAAAAGGGAGAGGCUUGCAAAACUGCAUGGCGAGAAAGCUUUAGACCCUGAGGUAGCGGCGCUGCUUAUUCAGAAGGUCUGGCGAGGCUACAUCCAAAGGAAGAGAACCAAACAGCACAGAGAGACGGAAAUGAUUUUUCUGGGCAUGAUGCCACCGCCAAACUUCAGCAAGGUUAGCAUGGCAGAGGUACUUGCUAGAAAGACAGAAUCAGAACGUUGUCAGCUUCAGGAACAACAUGAGGCUGAGUAUCAGCAUGCCCUGGUUCAGAUUAAGGAUUCCAUCCGAGAGACAGAAUCCCUGGACAUGAAGGAAACGCUGCAGGAACAGAUCCGUCAGUGGUUCAUUGAGUGCAGGCAUGCAACUGGAAAAUUUCCUGAUUUCCCUGAUGAAGACGAUGGUGGUUCCAAUGUUAUCUUUGCUCAGAAAACACCAGAGCAGGUUGCGGCAGAACUUGCUGCCAAGGAAGAAGCCAAAGAAAAGAAAAAAAAGGAGAAAGGGAAGAAAGAGAAAGAAAAGAAGAGUGGAAAGAAAGAAAAAGAUAAAUCUAAAGGCAAGAAAGGAAAAGGGAAGGAAGAAGAGGAAGAAGAGGGGUGGAAAAUGAGCUCUAGUGCUUUUAUUCCUGACAUUACUUUAACACACCAGACAUAUCAAGGUGUUUGGCAGAAUCGGGAUGAAGCUUGGAACCUUCAUCAAUCCCAUGAUCCAGAGCUCAUCAAAGAAGACAAGAGGAAGGAAGUAGAAGAGGAAGUUAGAGUACAGGUUGAUGAACUGAUGAGACAGGAGUUGCUAAACCUCAAGCUGGCAGUGGACAGAGACAAAAGCAAAAAGAAAAAAAGCAAGAAAGGGGGAAAGAAAAAAAAGAAAGGGAAAAAAAGUGGAAAGAGAAAGAAAAAGGAAAAAGAUCUUACUCCCAACAGGACCAUCGAUUCACUUUAUGAAGAACUUGUUACAGAAGGUCUCCUUAUCAAACCAAAGCCCGUGCAGCUGUCAGAUUAUCUAGGUGAAUACAGCUAUCUUGGCACCACUCUACGGCAAGCUGAUAUUGAGCCAAUGCCAUCUCUAAGUGAUGUCAAACAGCUGCUGGUCCUUUAUGGAAUUCUUCCACUUGGCUGUGAGUCGGUGCAUGAGAAGGCUCCUUCAGUGAAGACACUGCUCCUGGCAGGACCAUCUGGCGUGGGGAAGAAGAUGCUUGUGAAUUCCAUCUGCAACGAGACUGGAGCCAAUCUGUUUAACCUGUCACCUGAAAAUAUUGCGGGCAAGUACCCAGGCAAGAGUGGCCUGCAAAUGAUGCUGCACAUGGUGCUAAAGGUGGCACGUCAACUACAGCCAUCGGUCAUCUGGAUAGACGACGCUGAGAAAACCUUUUACAAGAAGGUGCCAAAGACAGAGAAGCAGCUGGACCCUAAACGAUUAAAGAAGGACCUUCCCAAAAUCCUGAAGUCUCUGAAGUCAGAAGAUCGCAUUCUUGUGGUGGGGACAAGCCAGAGGCCAUUUGAAGCUGACAUCAAAUCUUUCUGUAAAGUUUAUAAAAAAAUUAUCCUGAUCCCUAGGCCAGACUAUGCUUCAAGGCUAGUUCUGUGGAAGCAGCUGAUCACCGUAAGAGCCGACAGUGCCAGUGCCUCUGUGAAUCUCAGUGCUUUGGCUAAAAUCACUGAUGGUUUCACCCCAGCUCACAUUGUGCAGGCCGUGGAGAGUGUGUUGAAUGACAGAAGAGUGGGGCAGCUUCCCCGCAAGCCACUGACUGCUGCUGAGUUCCUCAAUUCACUCUGCCGACAGGAGCCGGUGUAUAAGGAGGAGGAAGAGGCUUUCAAGGGUUGGUAUGCCAAAACACCACUGGGAAGGAAGAGAAGCAAAGCAAAGGCCAGCGGAGAGGAAGAUCCUGAGAAAGACAAGGGCAAAGGAAAAAAGAAAGGAGCCAAGAAAGGAAAAAAGAAAUAGGCUCCUCUGCUAUCAGUAUUAAACUGUUACGUCUUACCUCCCUCUCAGUUCGGCAACAAGGUUAACAUCAUACACAAUAAAGAUCACAAUGAAAAUAUGGAGACUUCAUGUGUGUUCUGUGGCAGUCACAGGCUUUUUUAUAGGUUGUAAAUGUAACUUCUUUUGCUGACAAAUUACGCAUUCCCUGUCCCUCAUACCUGUUCCCUGACUGUAAAUAUUCCAAGUACCCCACACUUAAGGGUUUGGGCAUCACCUGAAAGAUUCAUAUACAAGCUGCGGCAGAUGCUACUCAGCAGGCAACUGCUGUUACAUUGGAAUUUUGGGGGGAAAAUGCUGCAUUGUGCAUAAAAAAUGGUGAUUUGCAUCCAGAUUUUGCACUUUUGCAAAUGAGUCCUAUAGAACUUGUCAGUAUACACAGCUUUCUGGCUCAUAUGCUCUAUAGUUUAGAGCAGAAGCAAUGCAGCAACAUUAUUGAGGGAAUAAAGGGAGCACAUUUAUUAUAUUAUUAUUUAUUAUAGUGUCAGUGGAGCUGAAUGGGCCAAGACUGACUUUUAACUUUCCCCUGCGAUACAUUUAUGAAGUUCUACAGAGUACAUUGCUAUAUUGCUGACCCAUGAGAGUCCUUGCUGUCUUGUUGAAAGCCCAGUGGCAUCCCAUUAUAUUUUUUACUGACUAGUGAGGUCCAUUUUCAGUACUGUUAAAAUAUCUGUGGUCCCUCUAUAUGUUCAGCUUGGAGCCUUCAAUGAAGAACCCGCUUAUUCCCUAAUGACAGUUGGCGGUUCAGAGAUGGAUUUCCUUCAAACUCUCUUUAUACAUCCCUGUUCUUGAUUAUUAUCAGAUCAACUAUUCUUGUGGCCCCUGGACAGCUCUUAGCCUUUUCACUGGUAGCAUUUAUACGAAACUAGUUAUAUACAGGAUUGUCAAGUGCUGUUCUUCAAGUCAUUUUUAGCAGUAUAAAUGCUUUCAUGACUGAAAUGCUUGGCCCUUACUAAAUUACCUUUACUGAAGAUGUAUUCUUUAGUCCUUGUAUAUUACAUGUUCUCCGGGGUUUGCAUACCAUUUUCUCAAUUUUAGGGGCACCUGAUAAAUUCACUGUUUAUAUAUUUGAUGUAUAAAUUCUAGUGUGUCUUUGUGUAUACACAUAGGCACAUAUAUAUAUAUAAUUACAUACAUGAACCUGCUUGUACAAUACCUGUCUGACCUUCAUCAGUGCUGUAAUGGUUCUUAAUAAAUUAUUUGUACCUGGUUAA